AUGGCUGCCCAAGAUGAACUCAAUCAAUUGGAGCGAGUGUUUCUUCGCCUGGGGCACGCAGAAACAGAUGAUCAGCUGCAGGAUAUUAUCUCAAAGUUCCUGCCUCCUGUUCUUCUUAAACUCUCCAGUGUCCAAGAAGGAGUUCGGAAAAAAGUUAUGGAGCUAUUGGUACACCUAAACAAGAGAAUAAAAAGCCGGCGUAAAAUUCAACUACCUGUGGAAACUCUGCUUGUCCAGUAUCAAGAUCCUGCUGCUGCUUCCUUUGUCACUAAUUUCACUAUCAUUUAUAUAAAAAUGGGAUAUCCUCGACUGGAAGUAGAAAAACAGUGCGAGAUGGCACCUACCCUGCUCACUGCCAUGGAAGGAAAACCACAACCACAGCAAGACAGCCUUAUGCACCUCUUGAUCCCCACUCUUUACCAAAUGAAGUACCCAGCUGACACUACCAAAAGUGGUUUUCCAUUUAACUUAACAGAGAGGCCUAAGACUGUACAGCUGCUGCUGGAGUUCAUGUUAGAUGUAUUGCUUAUGCCUUAUGGGUUUGUGCUGAAUGAUUCUCCAACUCGCCCAUCUCCCUCUGCAUCCCAAGGGGGGUCAGAGGAUGUGGCAAGUACCGGCCAGGGUCUUCCUCAGCCUCCUCCAGGAAUGAGUGUUUAUGCUGCCAAAAGAGUAAUAGGAGAAUCGCAGUGGAGUGCUGAGCAACUUGAACAGUGUAAACUAGGGAUCGUGAAAUUUAUUGAAGCAAAGCAAGUUCAAGAGUUAGAGACAGUUGUGCAUUUGGUGAUUGCAUCGAGUGAUACUCGUCACGGUGUUGCAACUGCUGCAGACCUGGAGCUGAAAAGCAAGCAAAGCUUAAUUGAUUGGAACAAUCCUCUAAUAAUCAAUAAGUUGUAUAAGGUGUACUUGGGUGAUGUUCCCCUCAAAACAAAGGGUGGGGCUCUAAAACAAGAGUUAAAACAUGAACCCGUGAGUACCAGAGUCAAACUUAAGAUUCUGCCUCAUUUUCUUCGAUCACGAUUUGCUGCAGAGUGCUUUCCAGCUAAUAUCCAGGUAGUUUAUGAUGGUCUCUUUGGAGCAAACACCAACAACAAACUGCUGUCACUCACAUUACAGUUUGUUCACCACAUCUGCAUGGUAUGCCCUGACACAAAUAAACCAUUGGGACUGAUGCUACUUAAUGGUCUUACAAAGCUUAUCAAUGAAUACAAGGAGGAUCCAAAAUUAUUGUGUGUUGCAUACUCAGCGGUUGGGAAGCUGUCAAACCGGAUGCCGCAGCUUUUCACAAAAGACAUAGCUCUUGUUCAACAAUUUUUUGAGUCUAUGUGUAAGGAGGAACCAGAUGUACGUCUAGCUAUUCAGGAGGCGUUAUCUAUGAUGGUUGGUGCCUUUGCUAAAUUGCAAGGUGCACAGUUAAACCUGAUGGAAGCACUUGUUGCGGCAUACAUUGUAAAGCCUGAAGUGCAGGUUCGUCAGGUUGCCAUGAAGUUUGCCAGCACUGUGUUUGCACCAGAUCAUGUACCGUCCAGGUACCUUCUGCUUCUGGCAGCUGGAGACCUGAGGGAAGAAGUAUCUGGAGAGGCUCAAAGAGUCCUAAGGGCUGUUCCUACUAAGAUCUUAGAGAAAGAGGAACAGAAAUCCAUGCCCCCCUUUCCAGAUAUGGUGGCGUACGUUCAGGAAAAGGCUGCUCAGAGAAUUAAAACACCAGCUAAGUACAGUGUUGGGACAUCGACUAUCCCCUUUAAUCCAUCAGCAUUUUCAGAGAUCAUUUUGUACCUGAGGAUGUGUCUGGCUCAUAGCGCAGGUGUGACACCUGUUACAGCGCGACUUUCAGAAAUGCAAGAUGAUGCCCCAGUCAUUGGCCGCUAUGUACAGACGCUGCUGUGCUCUCAGUCCAUGAAGGAUUCUGAUGAAAACCCAGUGCAUAUCUAUAUAGAGUUGCUGCACCAGCUGCUGAGUGCUGCUGCAGGUAUUCCUGUUAUGUAUUGUCUCCUGGAAGUGGUGUCGGUCUGCCCAGAUAAGUUGGCCCCCGGAUUUGUUAAUAAAAUUGACUGGAUAAAAAGCUUGAUGAACACAAACAAAGAAGACAUGAGGGAGCUUGCAGCACAGCUUUAUGCAGUUGUGGUUUCUAGCAUGACAGGCAACGAACUGCAAGCGGCUGUCCAUAACCUUGUCAAGAUAACCAAAGAUAACCAUAGCCCUGAAACUCAGCAUGGUGCCAUUAUGGCUCUUGGUUUUAUGGUUGGACGGUAUAUGAGUAGAAAGAAAGCAUUUAGUCAGCAGCUGAGCAGUACGCUCCAAGACAACGAUGACCUUGUGUCAUUGGCUACAAAAACAAUUGGCUCCUUUUUGGACAAUUCUAGCCCGCUAUUGACAGUCGCUGCUUGUACAGCUCUGGGAGAAGUCGGGCGCAAUGGAGUCCUUCUAAUCCCAGCUGAAGGAGAAGGCUUUACUCAACUAUCUGCUGUGGAAAACCUUUUGUCACGCAUUCCGUCGGGCAAAGAGAGCUCUAAAAUGAAAGAGCGUUCCAUCAUGACUUUGGGCUACCUACCAGUGGGAGAUGGUGACUUCCCACAUCAGAGGAAACUGCUGCAGGGUCUCAUGGACUCAGUCGAGGCGAAACAGGUAGAGUUGCAAUUCAUUGUUGGGGAGGCAAUCACAAGCGCAGCCAUAGGUACAAGCUCAGGAGCGGCCAGAGAUCCAUGGACAUGUACUGAAGAACAAUACAGUCCACCUUGUCAUGUGAAGAACAAUGAUGUGGUUCCCUGGGUUCUAAGCUCAGUUCUAACAAAAUAUAUACCCAGCCAAAAUCCCCAUGUCCGACAAGCCUCUUGUAUAUGGUUACUUUCCUUGGUGAAGAAACUAAGCCAGCAUAAAGAAAUAAAGUCCCAUUUGAAAGACAUUCAGAAUGCAUUCAUUUCCGUCCUUUCCGACCCUGAUGAGCUGAGUCAGGAUGUUGCAUCUAAAGGUCUUGGUUUGGUCUAUGAGAUGGGCGAAGAGAAAGACCAAAAGGAACUCGUGUCAACCCUUGUAGAAACUCUCAUGACUGGAAAAAGAGUUAAACACAAUGUCAAUGAAGAUACAGAAGUUUUUCAAGGGGAGAAUUUAGGAAAAACACCUGACGGUCACGGUUUGUCCACUUACAAGGAGCUCUGCUCUUUAGCCAGUGACCUGAAUCAACCUGACCUCGUCUACAAGUUUAUGAAUCUGGCAAAUCAUCAUGCCAUGUGGAACUCUCGGAAGGGAGCAGCCUUCGGGUUCCACAUAAUUGCUGCUAAAGCUGGAGAACAGUUGGCACCUUUCUUGCCACAGCUUGUGCCUCGUCUGUAUCGUUACCAAUUUGAUCCAAACCUGAAUAUUCGUCAAGCCAUGACCAGUAUUUGGGAUGCUUUAGUCACUGAUAAGACUCUGGUGGAUAAAUACCUCAAGGAAAUUCUGCAGGAUGUUCUCUCCAACCUGACAAGUCCCACUUGGAGAAUAAGAGAGUCCAGCUGUUUAGCUCUCAAUGAUCUGAUCAGAGGUAGACAGGCAGAGGACCUCACUGAUCAUCUUGCAGAAAUGUGGGAGACACUAUUCAGAGUCCUUGAUGAUAUCAAGGAAUCUGUGCGGAAAGCAGCUGAUCUUGCACUGAAGACUCUUAGUAAGGUGUGUAUUCGUAUGUGCGAGUCCACUGGCUCUGGAGCUCAGAAGACUGUGUCUGUGCUGUUGCCAACUCUGCUGGAGAAGGGCAUUGUGAGCAGUGUCUCAGAAGUGCGCGCGCUCAGUAUUCAGACCCUGGUGAAGAUUAGUAAAACAGCUGGUGCUCGGCUAAAGCCUCAUGCUUCAAGACUUAUCCCAGCUCUUUUAGAGGCUCUGAGCACACUUGAACCACAAGUCCUCAACUAUCUCAGCCUUAGGGCCACUGAGCAGGAAAAGAGUGCCAUGGAUGCAGCAAGACUCAGUGCUGCCAAGUCUUCUCCUAUGAUGGAGACAAUUAAUAUGUGUCUGCAGCACCUGGAUGUAUCAGUGUUGGGAGAGUUGGUCCCCAGACUCUGUGAGCUCCUGAAGAGUGGCAUGGGGCUGGGCACCAAGGGCGGCUGUGCAAGUGUCAUAGUAUCCUUAACUGUGCAAUGUCCCCAUGACCUUACCCCCUACUCAGGUAAAUUGAUGAGUGCCCUCUUGAAUGGUAUUCAUGACAGAAGCAGUGUUAUACAAAAGACCUUUGCCUUUGCUCUUGGACAUCUUGUCAGGACCGCAAAGGACAGCAGUGUUGAGAAACUUCUGCUGAAGCUACACUCUUGGUAUUUAGAGAAAGAAGAACCAGUUUACAAGUCAUCUUGCGCAUUGACUCUACAUGCCAUCAGCCACUACAGCCCAGAUGUGCUGAAGGGCCAUGCAGGAGUGGCUUUGCCUUUGGCUUUUCUGGGGAUGCACCAGGCUCCUGGUCCUGACGAGGAAAAAGGAGAGAGCCAUGAUGCCACUUUGUGGGGAGAAGUUUGGCAGGAUAACGUACCAGGGAGCUUUGGUGGCAUCAGACUAUACAUGACUGAGCUCAUUGCCAUAACUCAAAAGGCGCUCCAAUCCCAGUCGUGGAAGAUGAAGGCUCAAGGUGCUGCUGCCAUGGCUACUGUUGCUAAGGAACAGACUGGUUCUCUGGUGGCCCCACAUCUGGGUCUGGUUCUCACCGCUCUAUUACAGGGUCUGGCAGGACGGACCUGGGCCGGCAAGGAGGAACUGUUGAAAGCUAUUGGAUCUGUUGUAUCAAAAUGCAGUACGGAGUUACAGAAACCUUGCUCAGGGCAGCCCACCAUCUCAGAGAUCCUUGAUGUGGUGUUAAAAGAAUGCCGCAAAGAGAGCCUUGUUUACAAAAUGGCUGCCCUGCACUGUGCUGGAGAGGUACUCCACAGCAGCCAAGAGGACUGUUUCGGGAUAAUGAUGGAGAUACUUCUGCCUCUCAUCAAGAAGAGUUGUCCAGAAAGUCGUAUUUCAUCAAAGCAAUCGCUGGAUGAUGACGAUACUGACCGUAAAGAGAGAGAGCUGAAGACUGAAGUCCUGCUUUGUGCUUUUGAAACUCUUGGCAAAGUUUGGCCCAAAAAUCCUCUGACUCAAGUGUCUUAUCAAGCGGAGGUUUGCACCAUUAUGUGUGACAACCUCAAGUUGAACACAUGGAAGGUCCAACUUGCCAUAUUGAGCUGCAUGAAAGCCUUUUUCGAAGAGUUACUGCUGUUGGGAAAAAGUAAUCAAGAUGUGAAUGCUCUCACUCAAAUACUCACAGAAACCUGUGCAGCUCUUACAUAUCCUUUAGAAAAUAAAAGUUAUUCUUCAGUGCGGACAGAAGCUUUGUCGGUGGUAGAUCUGAUUGUUAAAAGAACUGGGGAAAGUGAAAAAUGGGAGUGCAUGACAGCGAAAAGCCGGGAGCAGCUACAGCGCUCACUGUCCACACUGCAGUCCGACAGCAGACCGGAUCUGAGAGACAAGGCUCAGGAGCUGCGCCGCCACAUCCAGAGCCAGCCAUGA